UCUGUUGUCACCCCCUCAGGUACAGUGUUGUCAUCCUAGAUGAGGCCCAUGAGAGGACCAUCCAGACAGAUAUCCUGUUUGGUGUUGUUAAAGCAGCACAGAAGAGAAGGAAAGAGUCCAACAACCAUCGACCCCUGAAGGUCAUUGUCAUGUCUGCCACAAUGGACGUGGACCACUUCUCUCAGUACUUCAACAGGGCUCCAGUGUUGUACCUGGAGGGUAGGCAACAUCCAGUCAAGGUCAUGUACACCAGGGAGCCACAGGAGGACUACAUCUACGCUGCACUGGUGACGGUGUUCCAGCUUCACCAGGAGGCGCCCCCGCAGGAGGACGUGCUGGUGUUCCUGACCGGACAGGAGGAGAUCGAGACUCUGGCGCGGACCAUGAGGGACAUCGCACACCACUGUCCAUCAGACGCACCCGGCAUGGUGGUGCGCCCCCUGUAUGCUGCACUCCCACCUGCAGCACAGCUCAAGGCCUUUGAAGCAGCACCUACUGGGACCAGGAAGGUUAUUCUUGCCACCAAUAUAGCAGAAACAUCUGUGACAAUCAAAGGCAUUAAACACGUGGUGGACACAGCCAUGGUGAAGCAGCGGCUGUUCCGUCCCACCAGCGGGUUGGACAGUCUGGUGGUGAAGAAGGUCUCCAAGGCUCAGGCCUGGCAACGCACAGGAAGGGCAGGCCGAGAGAGUUCUGGAACGUGCUACCGGCUGCUGACAGAGGAAGAGUUUGAGCAACUGUCCCCGACCACCAUCCCUGAGAUCCAGAGGGUGAACCUGGCCAGCGUGGUGCUGCAGCUGCUGGCUCUCAGGAUACACGACAUCAUGGAGUUUGACUUCAUGGACAAACCAACCAGAGAGUCCCUCCUGACAGCGUUGCAGCAGCUCCACCUACUGGGUGCUGUGGAGAAGCAGCAGCGGAUCCAGCUGACCCCCCUGGGGAGGAUGAUGGCAGCGUUUCCUCUGGACCCCAGGUUUGCCAAGGUCAUCCUGGCUGCCAAGGACCAUCAUUGUACAGAAGAGAUCCUGACCAUUGUGGCCAUGUUGUCUGUGGACUCUGUUCUCUUCACACCUGCCAGUAAGCGGGAGUUGGCUGCAGCCGUCAGGAGGAAGUUCAUGUCUGAGGAAGGAGACCACAUCAUGCUGCUCAACAUAUACAGAGCCUUCAAGGCUGUGAAGGGGAACCGUCAGUGGUGUCAAGAAAACUUUGUCAACUCCAGGAACGUCAGUAACGCCAUGGACAUCCGCGGGCAGCUGCGGGACCUGUGUCAGAGACUGCAGAUCCCGUUAGAGUCAGCGGGACAGGACACGGCAGUCAUCAGGACAUGUCUGGCGAAGGGGCUGUUCAUGAACGCUGCCGAGCUGCAGCGCGGAGGGGAGUACAUCACCGUGGAGACCCGCCAGCCCGUGGCCAUCCACCCCUCCUCCUGCCUGUUCCAGUGUAAACCUGCAUAUGUCAUCUUCAGUGAGCUGGUUCAGACCACCAAGUGCUACAUGAGAGACUUGAGUGUUGUGGACCAGAGAUGGCUGCAAGAGGCAGCUCCAAACUACUUCAAACAGGACAGGACUUGAUUCUGAUGAUUCAGAAGUCAAUAUGGUGGGAGAAGUAUUUCUUCAUUUUUGAUAUCAACUAAUGAACACCUUUCAAGAGCCAAGUUUGUGGACGGUAGGAAACAAGUAGGAGUCUACUGCAAAACACUACAUGUACCUCAUGAGCUAGUUGGGCUUCUUGGACAAGGACAUCUUUGCAUUCACUGAAGGUGAUGCAUUAUUCUACCAUAUAACAUAGUGUAAUGGUUAGUUGACAUUUUUGUUUGCAUUUUCAAUUACUAGUAUAGUUAGUGUAAAGGGUUUCUGGUGAGAGUGUUACUGGUUGGUUUAUUUUUGUCAGGUAAUACUCAGAAGUGUACAUAACAGAUAUUUUUCCAGUUCUUCAAAGACGAAACCUUGCUUACUAGUAUUAGUUUAUUUAGAUAGCUUUUAUCUAUUUCUAGUAUUUUAUCUAAGUAUUCUGUUUAGUUCAGCCACUGAAGGGCCUGUUAGAAUUUGAAUAGGAUUUCCCAGAGUGUGAAAUUGGAUGUAAGAUUAGGGCACCUUAAAUUCAAGGCUACUUAAGUCAAAAGGUUUAGGGUGUGUCAAGAUUUUAAAGAGGUCCUAUACUUGUUGCAGUAUGUAUGGUAUGUCAGGGCUUGAAUUGUUGACAUACUUUUUUUCUGCAUACCUGCACUGGAGAGGUAACAUUGAAAAUUACCUGCACCAGACAAAUUUUACAAAAUGUACCUGCACCACUCUUACUUAAGGAAGUAUGGAUCAUACUAAAAUUGCUCAGGAACUAUUGCUAUUUUUUCUUGUAUACUUCAUAGGUGGUACCAGUCAAUGUAGCUAAUAACAAUCCAUAUACACCUACAUUGACAUUUAUGUAUAAAACCCAAUACAUGGACCAGUGCAGGUUAAGUGCAGGUAGACGCCAGCACUACCUGCACAGCUGGUAUUUCGAGCCCUGUAUGUGUAUAUGAAUCACUCUAAACAUUUGUAGUUCAGUUAUAAUAAUACACUACGCUAACAGUAAGUAUAGAUUGCGACACAAUGGACAACAGAAUGCAUGGCGAUGCACCUUUUAUUGGGUGGACAAUAUUGUUAGCCUACAUUUCAAGAUACACAGAAGUAACUUCCCGAAGGAUAAUUUUCUUAAGAGUAUACAUGACAAGUAUCCAAACUUUAUAAAAAUAGACAAUUUCUUUGUCUCUUAUGGCUGACACUGAAGAGGUUGUGAUAUACUGAAGUACAUCAGCACAUUGUAGGUAGUGACAGUAUUGGUACUGUUCUUACACCGUGUACAGGUAUUGGUUAGGGAUCAGAGGGGUGGGGAAGGAACUCUGACGCUGCCUAUGUAUUGUACAUAAGUUGUCCGGACGUGAAGAUUCAGAAGUCUAAGUUGGGAUGGGGAAGGGGGCGUGCAAAGGGGUAAAUGCAGAGUCCAAUCCCGAACCAAACUGUACGCCGUGUGAGAGAUCUGAGGAUGGAUGCGAUAAACAGGCAAGAGGGCUGUGAUGGACAGCAACCAAUCAACUUUCAGACCAACGGUGUUCGGUUGUGCUUCCUAGGAGUUUGAAAAGAGCAGCGACGCAGACAUUUCAUGUUACUGGUGUUUAUACUGCCCUCUCCACUGGCCAGUGGAUUUUUUUAUGUUCUCCCUGAAAAUGAGAGAAUGUUGGCCAUCACAGCCGGCUCUUGCGUCUGCUUAUUUACAAAGCCAAGCAAAGUUUUUACAACAGAGACUUGGAAUUUAUCAACAGUGAUUGUCCCUGUAGUUAAUAUGGUGGAACUUUCACUCCUUUGUCAUAUUAGUUGUUGGAAUCAUUCUGUUAGAAGUCCGUUACUAUGAUUUCAUCCAUUAUUUCUGGCAGUUCCACAUAUUCCUUGCCUUCUACAUAUGAUUAUUACUUCCAUUUAUUGGCAAUGUGUUCCUAUAAAAAAGAAACUUGUAGAGAUUUAGUAAAAUACAGCUAUAUCUAGAUACAAUGCAGCUGUCUGUUUAUUUGUGGGUCAGUCUAUUGUCUAAGUAGCACCCUGUAGUAGACAAGCACACCACCCUCCAUGUAACACCCUCAAACUGAAGACCAGAUGGAAGUGAAAAGAUGAUAGUGCACACAUCUUGUUUCUCCCACAGUUCACUUGGAUUGGCUGUGACCUUUGACCUCAGCUGGAAGCAGGACAGAUUCACUUUUUCCAUGACGGCUGUCAUGUUGGUUGCCAAGGUCGUUUUAGAGCCAAGGACAGCCAGUCAGGAAGAAAUGAAUCUGAGGCACCUGUUCACAAAUGUUCCCAUUCACCUGCAUGCACCAUCACAUGCACAAGGCUAAUACUGCCAAGUUAAACUGGAUAGUGUUCCCCAGAAUGGAAAACAUCUAGCGUAGCAGAUGUCGCCAUUGGGUCAAAGUGAAUGGGCACACGUGUCCAGAGGGUCAAACAUAACUCUUUGCAACAAAGGGAAGGGUGGGGUAAGAUGUGG